UUUUAUGUCUGAAAGGGAAGCCACAUUAAAAGAUAUAAGCAAAAAGGCCAUAGCAGAUACAGAGAAAUUAGCCACCGUCUAGAGAUUCGGACUCUUUUCAUCCCCUGUUCCCCUGGGUAUGGGUGAUAAUAGUUACGACAAUAAGCCAAGACGUUUUACUAUUUGUGUUAAUACUUAGCUGCUCGUAAUGAAUAAGGUAAGCCAAUCACCUCUCCUGCAAACAUGAAAGCCACAGCUCCUCAAUCAGGCAAAAUUAAGUCAUCCUACUUCAGCUAACUAGGCUUUACGACCAUUGGCGAUAAAUACAUAGACCCUGAAAGAAAAAUAAGGAUUCAGGAAUUGGAAGAAAAUAAAAAAUAUGCCUCGGAUGAUAAAAAGAAUUUUGUUCCUCCUUCUGGAUACAAAGAGUUAGUUGGAGGAGUGUAUCCACACUAAAAUGAUUAUGAAAUCCCAAAAGGCCCCAACAAUCAUAAAGAUAAAGAUGGCAGAGUUAUAAUUGGACCCAAAAAUAUCACCACAAAUCCGGCAUCUAAGAAUUUGGGACAUUUCCCAAAACACGAAAAGGAUGAAUACAAUCGUUAUAGACAAUUUGAAAGGGAAAGAAUCUUUAAAGAAUAAAAAAUGCUCAAAGAUAAAUAACCAUUCAAAAGCACCAUUUACACAACUGAUAAUUUCAGCACUGAUAAGUAGGUCUUUGGAGAGACCAAUUUACCUAAAGUAAACGUGUAUAUGAAUGUAGCCAACCCAAGUCAAAGAAUUUAAACCUAAUAUCAUGAAACAUGAGGCUCCCUUUAAACCUUCAAAUCCAACUAAAAGUGGUGAGACUGGCUGUCUAAGCAAAUAUCCUCAAUAUAAGGGAGAUCCUCUUAAACCUACCUAGAGAAUAGACUUUGUCAAAGGAAAAGAUCCCUUCAAGUAAAUAUCAUAGUUAGAAUAGACCCAAUCAUUUAAUGGAAAUGGUCAGACCCACUCCUAGCAUUUCAUGUUUUCCUCACAAUCUUAAAAGAGAAUUAAACAAUAGAAUGUUUUGAGUCAUCAUAAAUUAACAAUAUAUUUAA